AUGGCCUCACCACAGGAACAGGCUUCGGUGUCCGAUGUUGUACGUUUUCAGUCUCAGCAGAUGACGCAGCUGCUUGCUGCCAUAAAUGGACUGGUCACACUGCAAACUGCAGCUACUUUGGCGCCACCGACGCCACCGCCUGUACCGACACCGUCGCCGAUGGCGCCGCCAUUUCGUGCCUUCAGUCCUGACGUUGAACGCUGGCCAGAAUACAUCGUGCAGCUCGAGGCACACUUCGUAGCGUACAACAUACCAGGUACAGAGUGGCUUGCUUUUUUCAUUGCCAACGCGGGUGUUGUGUUGUACCGUGUGCUCGUGAAAUUGUUUCCCACCACCCGCCCAGAAACUAAAACUUACGAUGAAGUGAUUGAUAUUUUGAACUCCUACUUCCGUGACAGUGUAAAUGUGGUACAUGCACGCUACAAAUUCUUUUGCCUCCGGCGUGGCCCUACUCAGUCGAAUAAAUCUUGGUUAGCGCACCUUCAGGGACUAAGUUCUGAUUGUGACUUUAAUUUCUCGUUUGGACGUUCAUAUGCGGAUAUAAUGAUUAGAGACACUAUUGCGCAGAAUGUGGCGGAUCACCGCAUCCGCGAACAAAUCCUCAGAUUUAAGAACACGUCUUUGCAGGAAGUAGUGAACUUGCUAGACACACAAGAUACUUUAGACAUGGCUACUUCCACGUUCGACGUGACCCCUGGUGUGUAUUGUUAG